AUGGAAACUAAGGUAGAUGAAGAAAUCCAUGCAUGGUUGCAAGACCUGCCAAACGUGCGUCCGGAUGGGGAAGCAAAAUCUGACCAGUUUCGCGAACGGGGAAACGAGAUUUUUAAGAGCAAGCAGGAUGAUCACCUUGCCUUGGAGGCGUACAGCAAGGCGAUCUUUGCGGCCCCCGCCGGCUCGAAUGCUCUGGCCCUGGGUCAUGCUAACCGUGCAGUCAUCCUAAUUCGUUUCCACCGGUACCGAGAAGCGCUGGACGAUUGUCAACUGGCACUGGACGGAAACUAUCCUGAGACAGCGAAUAAGCUGAAAAUCUUCUUCCGCCAGGCAGAGUGUGCCGAAAAGUUGAACGACGCGCACACGAUAAGUUCAAUUGUUGAAGGGAUAUCAGCGAUUGCGGUUAAUAGAGAGCUGACGAAAUUGGAACGAGAAAAAUUACAAGAACUUCAGAAAUUGGCAGAACCGAAAGCCAGCAAUGUUUCGGAUCAGCACGCGACGCCGGUUGGGGACAAUUUGUCACUACCUUUGCUAAAGGAGAAGAGAAACACAUCGCAGGGCCGGUACGUCGUCACGAUGGAUCCAAUUGAAGAAAACAGCAUCAUUACAAGGGAAACCGCCGUAUCUUUUGUGCCCGUCUAUGAUCCUGAGAGCCGAUCUUCGUUACCUCCUUUCGACUGCCAGAAGUGUGCACGAGUCAACGUUAUUCCGUUUCCGUGUCCCGAGUGUGGCAGAGCGUGCUAUUGCAGUUCCGUGUGCCGAAAAGAACACAAAUCUUUGCACCGAUUCGAGUGUUACGGAUACCAGAAACAUCUAUGGUAUCUGAUUGGUAUUGCCCAUUUGGGAAUACGAAGCUUUCUUCACGGGUUUGGAAGCAUACAGUCUGUUGCUUUGAACGCGAGCAAUUCGAUGUCGUGCUAUCAACAACUGAUGAAACUAACAGAAUGCGAGGAAAACGAAUUCUACCAAUACGGUCGAGUGCUGCGUUUGGUUACUAAUUUUGACCGAAUGGAAAUGAGCGAUGUUUUACAGUAUGCACUGGCGGGGUAUUUACUCACCAUAUAUCUGCAGCAUUGUACGAGUUUUUUCAGUGAAUAUUCCUCAAAACAAUCCCAUGGCGAAUUGCCCACGCCAGAUUUGGUCAUAUUAUGUGGAGCGUUGAUUUAUCGUCACAUUGGCCAGUUGGUGUGCAAUGGACAUGCGAUAAGCGAGCUUCGUUUAACAUCCGCUUCCGCUCAACGCUGCAUGGCAGGAAAGGGUUUCGAAGUGGGGCUAGGCUUGUUACAUCGUUGCUUCACGAGCUCGCGCGUGUUCACGGCAAUAUUUCCUCGCAUCAGUAUGUUUAACCAUUCGUGCGAUCCCAACAUUAGAAACCAUUUCGAACGAUCGACGCUUACUGUUUACGCCACGCGUUCUGUUGCUGCCGAGGGUGAGAUUUUUAAUUGUUAUGGUCCAAACUAUAAACUAAUGCCCGUGCAUGAGCGAAAGAGCCUUCUGAAACAGCAGUAUUGCUUUGAUUGUCGUUGCACUCGAUGCAGUGAAAACGAGGAUAGUUUUAGCGACUGUUACAAUAUGAUCGAAUGCCCAGCGGAAGAUUGUGGCAAACGUUUUGCGAAGCAACUAACGGAACAAGACUUGUUCAACGAUUUCGAGUGCAUACAUUGUGGAAAGGAAAUCUCUUGCGAAUGGUAUCGAAUUAUCGUGGAACCGGUACCAAGCGAUGCAAAGUCAUUAUUGCGCCACAUCAAGGAAUGUUUGGAUGCUUAUGAAAACAGUAAACGGUUACUGGUUGGUUUUAACCAAUCCAGGGCUUCCUUAUUAGCUACGAUCCUCGAUCAUUACGUUCCAUACGCUGCUCAUAACAAAGUCUACUUACAUUCGCUUAAAAAGCUCGCAGUUGAGUAUGUAUCACUCAGGCAGCAUCAGUUCGGAGGCAUGAGCUUAGAAUACAUCGUUGGAUGCUUUUAUCUGAUGGAUUUGUUGGCCAUGGAGCAAGCGUGUGAAUUUGGCCAAGCAUCGAUUGAUAGCAACCCUGCUAUGCGCAAAAUAUUGGACGAUUUUUGCGCUGCGUUACGCAUGGUAGGCACCGAUUCUCGUUCAUUAAUUAUGAGGUAUUUAAGGUAUUAUGUUACAGCAAAAUGUUAG